AAACUCGUCCGUUAAACGCACCUUCUUUCGUAGACGUAGAAUAUAUAGACUGCGCGGUUGGCUGAAAAGAUGUCUUCAUUUUUUGAGUCUUCAAGUCUUUAAAAAGUCAAGUCAAAAAAUGAGAAUUGCUGUGGUGGGUUGUGCUCAUGGCGAGUUAGAAAUUAUUUACGAGACUAUAGAAGAAAUAAGAAAUAACUAUGAGAUAAAUAUAGAUCUGCUUAUCUGCUGUGGCGAUUUUCAAGCUACGAGAAACUUAACCGAUCUAGAAUGUAUGGCUGUACCAGACAAAUACAAGGAUAUGUGUACAUUUUAUAAGUAUUAUUCAGGUGAAAAGAAAGCUCCUAUAUUAACUAUUUUUAUUGGAGGCAAUCAUGAAGCAUCAAAUUAUCUUCAAGAACUGCCAUAUGGAGGAUGGGUUGCUCCUAAUAUUUAUUAUCUUGGAUAUGCAGGUGUAGUGCAUGUAGCUGGAAUCAGAAUUGCGGGACUUUCAGGCAUUUAUAAAGCUCAGCAUUAUAUACAAGGACGUUAUGAAAAGCCCCCAUAUACCAGCACAACAAUAAGAAGUGUAUAUCAUAUUAGAAAUCUAGAAGUUUAUAGGUUAAAACAGCUAUCUGGUAAAAUUGAUAUUUUUUUAUCGCAUGACUGGCCUGCAGGAAUAACAAAAUAUGGAAAUGAAGAUACACUGCUCAAACAAAAGCCAUUUUUUAAAAAUGAUAUAGAAAACAACAUACUCGGCAGUGAACCAUGCAUGGAUUUAUUGCAACUUCACUAUCCAGUUUAUUGGUUCUCUGCACAUAUGCAUUGUAAAUUUGCAGCGAUUAUUUCUGAGAACAAGCAAGGUGGAGCACGAGUAACAAAAUUCCUUGCACUGGAUAAGUGUCUGCCAAAACGAAAGUUUCUUCAAGUGCUUCCAGAGAUACCCUUCGAAGGUCAGAUAGAACUGAGCUACGACUUGGAAUGGUUGACGAUACUAUAUUUGACAAAUCAUUUGUUGAGUGUCAAAGGUUAUAAUCACUACAUGCCUGGACAGUAUAGCAGCGAUAGGUUGAAAUACACACCCACUCAGGAGGAGAAACAGACAGUAUAUGAAAGAUUUAACUCUGAUUUGCGAAUUCCUCUUAACUUUACACAAACUGUCAAACCGUAUGAUCCGUGUGACAUAAAUACUCAAGUCGAACAUCCGCAAUUACUGAUAAACAAACAGACAACUCAAUUUUGUCAAAAGUUGGGCAUUGAUGAUCCGUUCGUAUUACUGCAAAUAAUAGCAGGUUCCACGAAGGACGACAAAUUGAAUGAAUCAGUAGAAAGUGACUACAAGUUUGAAUCUAUAGAAACCUCAUUCAACGAAGAAACUUCGAUAAAAUCAUCGCCCAAGAAUACCGACGAAUAUCAAGAUUUAAGUUAUACGGACAUCAGCAAAAGCACUUUAGAGAAUAGCGUUAUUAAUUCGACCACGGAUUCAUCUUGGAUAGAGGACACUCAGGGAGAAUACUCUGAACCACCAACCGAGCCAAAUUAUAAAAAAUUCAAGCGAAGAAAUUAUUCCAUAUAUUCUAAUACGUUAUAACUCGGCUAGUCUUUUAUUAUUAAUUAAAUAUAUUUAAUAUUGUCUUUUUUCUGCCACUCUUGUAGAAAUGUGUGAAUUGUAGAUAGAAAAUUUUUUUUACAUAAAAAUAAUAUACAAAUGUAGCAAUAUAGAAAAACAAUAAAACUGAAACAGGAAUCUAUAUCUUGUACAAGGCUGUUUUAUUGGCUCUGCUUUUAAUCAAAUGGCCCGUACGUCUUGCGACGAACUUAAGACAAUUUUAAAUAAUUUGUGUUUUCGGCCGGUAUAAGUUGAAUCGAUUUGCCCAAUAAUGUCAUUAAACGAUCUAGGAGCGAUUCAAUUCGUAUCGAUUGAAAAUACUAUAAAACUACUAAAUAUUAGUACAAAUGUUAUACAAAUGUUUUCUACAAAGUUUAAUCCUGAGGCAUAGAAAAAGAACUGUAAUGAAAGAAAUGUAAUGUUCUCUUAUGUAUAAAUCUUUUCAGAUACACUAAAAAAAUAA